AUGGAGCCGAAAAAUAGGGCACCAGCAUCCUCCGAAGAAUUAGUCCGAAUGGGUCCCAAAUUAUCUUUUAUGGCUGCGAGCGAGAGAAGAACUAUGAAGAGAAAAUCAACGAAAUAUGUAAUCAGAUCACCGAUGAACUCCAUGGACGAUCAGAUUUUCAGCUGGCCGGCAUUUCGGACGAGGUGGCAUCUCAGAUUUUUAGCGUCGCAACGGAUAUCAAAGGGGCUGCAAAAGUCAAAAUUCGCGAUUAUAGAGAUGGAGGAUGAAUUAGCUCAGUACAGGAAAUCGAGUGAUGCGCCUCUGUUGGAGUUCAUACCGAAGAAAAAAAAUCUGUAA